GUGGCGAUGACAACCCGGAAGUGUGUUGUCAACAGAGCAGGCAGCCGCCGAAGACAACCGUCCUCAGUCAGACACAAUGUCCAAUAACGAUGGAGUCCGAUACUGUGACAGGUUCUCCUACUGUCUCCUCAAAUUCAUCCUGUUCGCCUACUCCAUCAUAUUCUGGUUGAUAGGUGGCUUCAUCCUGGCCAUUGGUAUCUAUGCAGAGGUGGAGAGGCAGCGCUUCAAGACGCUGGAGGGAGUGUUUCUGGCCCCUGCUGUAAUCCUGAUCCUCCUGGGAAUUGUCAUGUUUAUUGUUUCAUUUAUUGGAGUCUUGGCUUCACUAAGGGACAAUUUAACCCUACUGAAAGUGUUCAUGUACACCCUGGCUGUGUGUCUGAUCCUGGAGCUGCUGGGAGGAAUAUUGGCGCUGGUGUUCCGCAACCAGACAUUGGAGUUACUGAACAAGACCAUCCGAAAGGGCAUAGUGAACUACUAUGAUGACUUGGACUUCAAAAACAUCAUGGACUUUGUACAGAGGAAGUUUAAGUGUUGUGGAGGUCAAGAGUUUAAGGACUGGUCGGUCAAUAUGUACCACAACUGCUCUGCACCUGGUCCACUGGCCUGUGGUGUCCCUUAUACCUGCUGCAUCACUACCAAGCCCAAUGAAGUGGCCAACACGAUGUGUGGCUACGAGGUGUUGAAAGAAGAGCGUUUGAACUUGAUCAACACCAUCCAUAUCAGAGGCUGCACUGAUGCUUUCUUUAUCUGGCUGAUGGACAACUAUAAGAUUAUGGCAGGACUGCUAUUAGGGAUCCUGCUGCCUCAGCUCUUUGGUGUGAUAGUCAGCUGGCUGUACAUCACUCGUGUUGAAGACGCCAUCAGUGAGUAUGGUUACUACAUGGACGGACUACUGCACUCAAACACACUGAAAAGAGAAGCCAAGAGGCAGGGCCGCGUGUCCAAAUGGUGUAAGUGUAUGCCGGAGAUCGACUGAUGAAACAAAAGCCAAAAAGCAGCAAAUGGACUCCACUCACAGUUGGUUAAAUCACUCCAGUCGAUCCAGAUACUUUUGACAGCCGCUGUGGGAGCCUGCGUUACUAUACGCUCACUUCACUAUGGAGACAUUUCUUUUUUGUUUUUGGGAAGAAGGAAUUGUUCAGCAUUAUUAAGAGUUUGAUAUUUAAGUGUUAACAUACAGUGUGCUAAUGCAUGAGUGGGAAUAAGAGCUCAUUUAUAUAUACAUUAUGUAUUUAGCUGUAUCGUGCCUCAGACGGUCUCAGGGAUGAAAACAGAAAUCAGUACAACCACCAUGACAUAAAAUUGGUCACGUCACACAAUCUAAAGCACUGACUUUUUUCUUACUUUUAUAUGUAUUCAUUGUUUGUGUUCCAAUUAAAACAUUAACUGACUCCUCCAACAACUACUGAUGAAACAGGUCCUAUCAUUCAAACACUUCAACAACAACAAAAAGGAUGCAGUUUGCCUUAUUUCUGUAUAGAGCUGGAAAUACUCAGAGGUUUGAGACUAAAUAAUAAAUAUUUUGAAAUAGCCCGUAGAGGAUAAGUAUUUAUGCACCCUGCACAUUCUGUUAAGACCACAAGUGUUCACUGAACUUUCAUGAGGUGUCUAGCACAAGAAAAGUCUAUAAUGCUCAGAUUUAUUACAUACAUUUUCUUCAUCAAAGUCUUGCUCAGUUGAACUAAGGUCUACUGUUUUUUUUUUUUAAUCAAAUGCAUUUCCUGUUCGCCCCCCAGUGUCAUGUUACAGACCAAAAUUAUGUUUUUACAUUGAUUUAAAAGAUGAAUGCUAAUGCAGUGCCACUGCCAUGAUAAGGAUAUCUCAGGGUUUUUUAGUACAGCAACCCUGUCUCCUCGAAAUUACUAAUUACUCAUUUACAAAUCAGUCUCUGAGACACGUAAGGUUUUUAAUCAAUAUGACAAAAUGUUUUUGAGGACCUAAUCUGCUAAGUUCAUACAGAACAUGACAUGACUUUGAGCACAAGGUAUUGCAUGUUUGCUUUAUGAACAUUUAACCAAAACCACAGCUGUUUCCCUAAACUGCCAGAACCUAACCACACACAGGACUCAGGAGUCUUGUGCUUUGUACACCCUCUAUCCACCUCCCUGCAACUUUUCUUACAACACAUUUUGCCCCUGAACAAGUGUAAUUUCUAGGAGACAGAGUUGCAUAUAGACAUGUUAAAAAGGCAAGAGAAGAUGUACUGUUGAUAAAAUCGCCUUAAAAUUCCCACAUUAUACUCCAGUGUUGUUUUACAAACAUGCACUUGUCAUGACCUAAGUGAAUAAUGUGAAUUUAAUGUGCUACUGAACUUUGUUUGGUUCGAUGUGAAGUUGGAAACUGAGACCAAAUACCUAAUCUUUGUAGAAGUAGAACUUUUUUAUUAAAAUCUCCCUUUGUAUCUUUAUCACACUACAUUCUUAAUAAUAUGUAUGUAUAUAUACUGUCCUAUCCUGUACUGCUAAAACAUGUUUGCAGUGCCUCUAUUUAAUAGGCUACAAGGCCAAACAGGUCUCACGAAGGUUUAUAUGUUAACCUUGUUUGCGCUGGAGGAACAAACAGAGAUUGCCAGGACUUUAUUCUCAUUAGCAUGGUCACAUAUUAUGUUCAAAUUAAUAAUAAUCCCUGUUAAAUUAUUUCUUCUCACAUUCAGCUGGUUGCAGAAAAAGAUUAUGUUUGAUUUUAGCAUUUUAAUAUGUUGGGCUGUCCCUCACCCAGAUAUGCCUGUUAAGCUUUGAUUAUGAAAGUGUUGUUUCAUGUUUCAGCUCAGUCUUUCGGAAUGUAACUUAUGAAGCAUUUGGCUGGUGGAUUGAAGGUAAACGUUAUCUGUAUAUAACGAGUCAUCACACAUUUAACAGCCUUGCUGGUCAGUCCAGUUUAUUAUAUAACUAUUUCAGUUCUGUUUUAAACAAAAAAUGUAUUGAUCCCACUCUGAUAGAAGGUAUAACUGACAGAUUUAACUCAGGUGCAUUAUCAGGUCUACUAUCACAGUACCUACACAUCCCAGUUAAAGUGCCAAUGUUGUCUCUUUAAAGGUAUGAGAUGAUGAGAUGAGAUGAUACAUAGAUGUAUAUCCAAAGUUAUGUUUUUAGUGUCAUAGUUGCUAUUCAUGUAUGCCUGUGGUAUACACCGAUCAGCCAUAACAUUAUGACCACUGACAGAUGAAGUGAAUAACACUGAUUCUCUGGUUACCAUGGCACCUGUCAGUGGGUGGGCUAUAUAAGGGGGCAAGUGAACAUUUUGUCCUCAAGUUGAUGUGUUAGAAGCAGAAAAAUGGGCAGCGUGAGGAUUUGAGUGACUUUGACAAGGGCCAAAUUGUGAUGGCCAAACGACUGGGUCAGAGCAUCUCCAAAACUGCAGCUCUUGUGGGGUGUUCCCGGUCUGCAGAGGUCAGUACCUAUCAAAAAUUGUCCAAGGAAGGAAAAGUGGUGAACUGGAGACAGGGUCAUGGGGAGCCAAGGCUCAUUGAUGCACAUGGGGAAGGCUGGCCCCUGUGGUCUGAUCCAACAGACAAGCUACUGUAGCUCAAACUUCUGAAAGUGUUAAUGCUGGUUCUGAUAGAAAGGUGUCAGAACAAACAGUGGAUCACAGUUUGUUGAUAUGGGGCUGCAUUACAUUAUGGCUUAUCGGUGUAUAGAUUGAAUGCAUACAUUCAAUGUGUGGAUGGCCUCACUGGGAACUGCAUCUUUAAAAUAUAGUAUCAUCACUUCAUUGAGUUGCACAAAACCACACUUACUGAAAGAGGUAUGAUGUCAAAUUGUUUUGCCUGGUUGAGGCUGAAUAGAUCUUCCUGUAAAGGGAUAUUUGGGGGUUGGAGGGCUGCUAAAUAAAUUAUGGCUGACACAGCAUCACACUGUGUAUUUUCUAGGGCAGGCUUCACCCUGAGUCACUGGCAGUGUCUACAUUUUUAAUGUAAAAGUAUGAAUACAACACACUGUAGAUGAAAAAAUAGUUAAGACCCUGUCAGAGAAAGCAUAUCACAAAGCAUAUUAGUUGAAUCAAAAGUAGUGACAUUCAAGUUCCGGUAUUAAUCAGGGUCACUUUUACUUGUAUGUGAAACUUCAAAUGUCCAAGAACGUGGUGCAUACAGUGUACUAAAGCAGCAAUAUUAAUAUUACUAAAGUUGGUCAAAUGUAUGUAACAAUUCAGAAAAGCUAGUAAUACCUUAGAAAUGUCAUGGAGCGCAGAAUCUAAGAUUUACCUUUAUGGUUUGCAGAUGUUAAAUGUAACCAAUGCAGUCCUACUGUGCAAAUUUGCAAUGUAUAAGUAGUAUUUAAUGACCAAUGUUUUGUUAUUUAAAUCAUUAGAUUAAAGACAAGAGAAAGGACAUUGAUUGAAUGUUUAAAAAUCAAUUCUUUUUAUUAGCAAAACAAUGAAGUAAAGGGUUGGGAAACAGGAAAAAAAUCUGUGUAUGGCUAAAAAAAAUGUAAUUAACAACAUAUUCUAGACACUUCUUCAAUUAGUAAACGUGAGUUUGAAUCAGAACAAAAUCUCAUUGUUGCUUCACAUUGAAAACAUAAAUGAAUAGAUGUUUAAUCAGCAUGUCCAACAAGCAACCCAUUACACAAGUGAGAGUUUGACCAUUCAGGGUUUUAUUAGUGCAAAACAAAUUAUGAAUUUCCACUUGAGUUCAGGCAGGAUUAUGCUUUGAUUGGAUUCCUUUAGAAACGUUAUCAUGCAAAACAACUUCUAUACCUCCUUCACACAUUAGAAGCUCUUGUGCAGAAAGAAGCAUAAAGCCUGGUGAAGAGUGGUUUGGUGUUUAUCUGUUGUAUUCUUUUUCUUCCUCCUACUCCUGCUUCUCCUGCUGCUUUGAGGACUUCCUGCUGCUUAGAACCUAUUAAUAUUUUACCCCUACAACCACAGACGGGGAAAUUAUUUUCCUACAUCACCAACAAGGAAGGAAGACGCUGUUGUGAAUGGUCUGGAAGGAGUGGUCAUGUUGCUCCGCUCCACCAACACACAGCUUAAAAUAACUGUCUCGGUUUCUUCCCACCAGCCCUCAUUCUCUGCAAGGUUGGCACACCAAUUUUUGUUGUGGAUAUGAAAUACCAUGUUUUCAAAUUAAAAUGUGAUCCAAUUAUAA